GAACCAAGAGGAGAGGCGGUGUUCCUCCCUUGGAUAGCCGUCGGCGACCCCGCCCCUGCGUUUAGCCGUUGCCAGGAAACAAGCGUCCUUGCUCGGGUUUGGUCUGGCUCAGCCAAUGAGCUGGCACGCCAUUGCCCAGUCGUGCGUCGCCGGGCGGUUGCGUGUGGUGCGCGGGGGCGCGGGCUGCGUGUGGCGCGGGGCGGGGCGCGGCUGGUGCGCCUGAGAAGCGAUGGCGGCGGCCUGAACUCACCUAACACCGCAGCAACAACCGGGCCCGGCCAGGUUCGGCAUUCCGUGAGUGAACGAUUUAGAAAUCUGGACUGGCCAGUGGCCUCUGGGCUUGCCAUUCCAGCCUGGUAUAACCUCUGGCUCCAUGGGCAGCUACUGGCUCCUACAGACCGGAUGAAGCAGACUGGAGACACAAGUGGAGAAAACCUCCAGCUGGCAAAUCCUCAGAGUGUAGGCCUCUGGCUGCCAGUCCUGCCCAGCCUGCCUCAUGGAGAGGAUGAAUUGGCUGAGCAGACUGGCCUCCCGGGGCCCUGGGCACCGUAUACCUCAAGGGGCCAAUCUCCAAACCCCAGUCAUGGCUGAUCCCGAGACCUGCCUCAUGGUCUUCAAGAAUCACUGGUCCCAGGUGGUGCGAAUCCUGGAGCGGCAAGGCCCUCAGGCAGCUCCUGGGGGUGCAGACGAUCUCAGUGCUGUGCGCAACCACACUUACCAGAUGUUGACACUGCUGGCAGAGGAUCGUGCAGUUCCCUCGGCCCCCACAGGCCCUGGGCCACUGCUGGAGUUUGCUCUGCGCGAGGAUCUGCUGACCCGUGUGUUGACAUGGCAGCUGCAAUGGGAUGAGCUUGGGGAUGGGGUCGAGGAACGGCGGGCUGAGCAACUGAAACUAUUUGAAAUGCUAGUGAGCGAAGCUCGCCAGCCACUGUUGCGGCAUGGUCCAGUUCGUGAGGCUCUGCUCACCCUGCUGGAUGCCUGUGGCCGCCCUGUGCCCAGUAGCCCAGCACUGGAUGAAGGCUUGGUGCUACUUCUCAGCCAGCUGUGUGUUUGUGUGGCCCAGGAGCCUUCAUUGCUCGAGUUCUUCCUGCAGCCACCUCCUGAGCCUGGAGCUGCUCCCCGUCUUCUUCUCUUUUCUCGCCUUGUCCCUUUUGUGCAUCGAGAGGGCACCCUGGGCCAGCAGGCCCGUGAUGCCCUACUUCUUCUCAUGGCUUUGUCAGCUGGGAGCCCCACUGUGGGCCGCUACAUCGCGGAUCACUCUUACUUCUGCCCGGUGCUGGCCACAGGGCUCAGUGCCCUGUACUCAUCACUGCCUCGAAAGAUUGAGGUUCCAGGGGAUGAUUGGCACUGUCUGCGACGGGAAGACUGGCUGGGAGUGCCAGCCCUUGCACUCUUCAUGAGUUCCCUGGAGUUCUGCAAUGCAGUAAUUCAGGUGGCUCACCCCCUGGUGCAGAAGCAGUUGGUUGAUUAUAUCCAUAAUGGGUUCCUGGUGCCUGUCAUGGGUCCUGCCUUGCACAAGACCUCUGUGGAGGAGAUGAUCGCCAGUACCGCCUAUCUGGAACUUUUCCUACGGAGUAUCUCAGAGCCUGCUUUGCUCCGUACCUUCCUGCGAUUCCUGUUGUUGCACCGGCAUGACACCCACACCAUCCUCGACACCCUCGUUGCUCGUAUUGGCAGUAACUCCCGGCUCUGCAUGGUCUCUCUGAGUCUCUUCAGGACCCUCCUGAACCUCAGCUGUGAGGAUGUCCUGCUGCAGCUGGUUCUCAGGUAUCUUGUUCCAUGUAACCACGUUAUGCUGAGCCAGAAGCCGGCUGUUCGUGAUGUGGACCUAUAUGGACGAGCAGCUGACAAGUUUCUCUCCCUAAUCCCACGCUGUUGUCGGCACCACGCCCCCAGCCCACCUCGUCCAGAGCAUGCCUCAUGGGCACGAGGUCCUGGAAGCCCAAGUGUGGACUCCUCUUCUGUGAUGACAGUACCCCGGCCCUCCACACCAUCUCGUCUGGCUCUCUUCCUGCGGCAGCAGAGCCUGGGUGGCUCUGAGUCUCCAGGCCCAGCCCCUUGCUCACCAGGGCUUUCUGCAUCCCCAGCCUCCAGCCCUGGCCGACGGCCUACCCCUGCAGAGGAGCCUGGAGAGCUGGAAGACAAUUACCUGGAGUAUCUGCGUGAGGCACGUCGUGGUGUGGACCGCUGUGUCCGAGCCUGUCGUACCUGGUCUGCCCCCUAUGAUGGCGAGCGGCCCUCUCCUGAGCCCAGUCCUUUUGGCUCCCGGACUAAGAAACGCAGCCUACUGCCUGAGGAGGACAGGAACAACGUGGGGGAAGGGGAGGAGGAAGAGCUGGGGAGUAGGGGGCUGGCUGGGGGUGCAGGGGAGGGCCCUGGUCACCUGCCCCCUCCCCAGCUCAAUGGAGUGCCAGGAUCAUGGCCUGAGGGGGCGAAGAAGGUUCGUCUGGUGCCAAAGGAGGGAGCUGGGGAACUGCUAGAGGGCAUCUCCGAGGGCAUGGCAGGACUAGAGGGCUUUGGGCAGGAGCUCCGGGAGCUAGAGGUGGCAUUGAGCAAUGGGGGAACUGGCUCAGAGUCCCCCUUAGAACCUCCACUGCCCCUUGAGGAGGAGGAGGCCUACGAGAGCUUCACCUGUCCCCCUGAGCCCCCUGGCCCCUUCCUCAGCAGCCCUUUGCGGACUCUCAACCAGCUGCCAAGCCAGCCCUUCACUGGUAAGCUACUUAGUCUAGGCCUUCCCUUCUGUGUACUCUUUGCAUGUUCUCGACAUGUUUGUGCUGGUUUCUUGGACCUCUUGGCCAUGUCAUUUCUGUGUACUUGCCUAGCCCCUCAUCCAUCCUGCUUGCAUCACUUCCAGAUACGUGUCAUGUCAUACUUGUGUCCCUGUGUCUGUCUGUACGUCUUCCAUGCUUGUGCUGGUUUGAGUAUUGACUUAUAUCUGAGCCUUGUAUGUAUGUCCUAUGUGCAUGUUCCUCCUCUUUCCCUAGUCUGGCCAUUUCCUGCGAUUUGUAAUUAGGAUAUUCUGUGUUUGAUGUUUCCUGGUGAAUCACAGCAAUAUUUCUGAACCAUAUUGAAGACAUACGUGCUGUCCUGUAUGGAGAGGCACCUAAACACUCUCUAUGCCAUUCCGUCCAGUUUAUCUGUCUGGGUCUUGGGUUUUCUGUCAGCUCUCCUGGGGCCUAAGGUUAACCUUCUGGUAUUUUUCUCCCUACUCAGCUCCUUCCUCCCCACCUCUUCAAAGAAGGACUUGAUUUCAAGUUUUUCCUGUUCGCUUUCCUUGUACCUUCUUGGUUGCUGUGACUGUCUGCUAGCACUAAGACUGUCUUAAGCAGAUAGAGUGCAAUUUCUUUGAAGGCAAAUGACAAAGCGUGGCCCUGAGCUCCCUGACUGAGUUCAUUUGGACUCUCAAGGAUGCGCUGGAGCUAGACUCGAUCUGAGUGGUUGGACUAACUCCUCUUUGUUUUUGUAUGAGAGCCAGCUUACCCCGCCAUUCUAAACCUCAGGCCAGGAAAACCAAAAAACAAAAAAAACCAACCAAACAAAAAACAAACCCACCUCUGAGAAGUAGUAGCUAAGGCUAAGAUCACAGGCCUUGGAUUAGGCAUACCUUACAUUAGCCUCCCAUCUCUGCCAUAGAUGCAUAUAAAUCAUUUACUGCAAUUAUGGCACAUUGUGAGAACUCAGCAAGUGGUAGCUUUUCACUAGGAUCUCUGGGUACAUAGCAGAUUUAAGUUGACUAAGGCAAACACUCAUCUUCCAGUUGUUCAUAGUCAGAUUGUCAUGCCUUGAUAAGUUCAUGUCCUGACUGGGCCUGGGAGAUGCUGGCCAUCCUGCUCAUACAGCACCAGGGCUUCUGCCAUGGAGUUGUGCCAAUUCCCUCUUCUUGCCUCCUGCAGAAAAUCUAUCUUUCCAUUUAUUUAGCCUCUGCUCUGUUCCUUUCAGCUCAGUACCACUAGGUGAUAGCGUGCAGGUUUUACCACAGUCUUGAAGUAUUAAUUGAAGCUUUUGUCUUUUUUUCCUUUGGUAAACUUAUCUGAGCUUUUCAAUUUUUUUUUUCCAAGAAACUUCCAGGAAAUGAAAGGAACAGGACAAAAUUAUGGGGCGUCUUAGGACUCUGUUAAGCUAGAGUUGUUUUGAAGCUAAUGCUAGACAUGUGCACCUGGAGUGAAAAAUGUUUUAGCAUCUUUUUCAGGAUUCACUCCCUCCUGCCCUCCAUCAUUCUCCUGUCUCAAUUCAUAGUACAGUUCUUAGAUAUACUCCCUUUCCCCAAAAAAAUCCCUAAUCAGAAGGACUGUGAUGGUUAUAGAGGCCUACUGCUGGUGAUCUGGCUUAGCUGAGGUCAGUUUUCCCAGUGGAUAAUGCUGAUCCUUUCCCUUCCUUGUCUCCCACCAAAGAGUCUGUCCUCAGUCAGUUUCUCUGCCCCUGCACUAAGCUAUCCUUUUACUACAUAUUCUGUUCCACCGUCUUGGUUCCCAGCUUCUGAAAGACAAAACUGAUGUCUUGUCUGGUCCUCCAAAUAUUUUUUUCCCUAACUUUAAAUUGGCUCACAUAGUUACUUUGUCUUUGCAACACCAUCUUCUAGCUUUCUUUCUGAGCAGGUUUAGUGUUAUCCUCCGUUUUUUGUGGAACCUAAUUCUUUUUGGACCUAAUUACUUUCUCAACCUAUUUGUUCUUCUGUUGUGCCUCUUGGGUGAAUCUUUUAUAAAAACAAUAUGUAAUUGUAGCUUAUGGUUAUAACUGAACACUUAAAAUUUGCCAGAUCUGAGGCUAAAUGCUUUAUAUUGAUAACUCUUUGAUCCUCUUCAUCACCUUAUGAGGUAGGUAUAUUUUCCUAUUUUACGAACUAGGAAACUAAGGCUUGGACAAUUUUGACCUGUCCAAACUAGUAAAGGGCAAAGCCAAUGAAACCAGAUCUUUCAGAGUCCAGAGCCUAAGAUCUGGCUUGUCAGCUUGAAUGUGUGUAAAGCUGGCAUCUGGAAUCUUGUGGGUCCAUAUGGUGUCUGCCAUCUUAUUUCCUCCAGAAUAGGUGGCCACGGGAUAUUUAAACAUACCCAGAGGCUGACAUACAAAUACUUUUCAUCUGGUGGGGGUCUCUUGUUUUGGGGAGGAAUGCGUGCGAUGUGCAUUGUGUUCAGGCUUUGUAUCCUUGUGCCCACCUCCCCCCCACCC